GCAGCGCUGCAUCUAACGAACGCAAACAAGCAAACAAACGAAGGCGCAGCCGAGAAAGACGACGCCGCAAGAGUCCUCCCCUGCCUAGCUUCCUCCCUGCGCUCUUCUCAGUUCUCAAUACGUAUCGGCCCCCCGAGGCGUCGAGGACGCAACGCAAGAGGUGCUCGUACGCGUGCCGAUCGAGAGAGAAAAAAAAAAAAAAACUCGGCGCCGGAGGCUUCGCCAUGGCCGGGGCAGGGGAGGAGGCGGUGCUGGACUCCGGCGAGAAGCGCCUCAAUGAGCUCGGAUACAAGCAGGAGCUCCGGAGGGAGAUGACGCUGUUCAAGACGCUGGCCAUCUCCUUCUCGACGAUGACGCUUUUCACCGGGAUCACGCCGCUGUACGGAAGCAGCCUGCAGUACGCGGGGCCGGCCUCUCUCGUCUGGGGCUGGGUCGUCGUUUCAUUCUUCACCUGGUUCGUCGGCAUCGCCAUGGCCGAGAUCUGCUCCUCCUUCCCGACCACUGGUUCCCUUUAUUUUUGGGCUGCUCACUUGGCUGGUCCAGUCUGGGGUCCGUUGGCAUCUUGGUGCUGUGCUUGGCUGGAGGCCAUAGGCCUUAUUGCCGGAAUUGGCACACAGGCAUAUGCAGGGUCUCAAGUAUUGCAGAGCAUAAUCCUGCUGAGCACUGGUACCAACACAGGCGGCGGCUACCUGGCCCCCCGUUGGCUAUUUCUGGUCAUGUAUAUCGGGCUGACACUGAUCUGGGCCGUGCUCAACACCUUCGCGCUGGAAGUCAUCGCCUUCCUCGACGUGAUCUCCAUGUGGUGGCAGGUGAUCGGCGGCACUGUCAUCGUGGUGAUGCUCCCGCUGGUGGCGAAGACCACGCAGCCGGCGUCGUACGUGUUCACCCAUUUCGAGACGGCGCCGGGGGUGACCGGGAUCAGCAGCAGCGCCUACGCAGCAAUCCUGUCCCUGCUGGUGAGCCAGUACUCCCUGUACGGGUACGACGCGGCGGCGCACCUGACGGAGGAGACCAAGGGCGCCGACCGGAACGGCCCCAUCGCCAUCCUCUCCAGCAUCGGCAUCAUCACCGUGUUCGGCUGGGCGUACAUCCUCGCCCUCACCUUCAGCAUCCAGGACUUCAGUUACCUGUACAACCCUAACAACGAGACCGCCGGCACGUUCGUGCCGGCGCAGAUACUGUACGACGCGUUCCACGGGCGGUACAACAACUCCACCGGCGCCAUCGUGCUGCUCUUCGUCAUCUGGGGCUCCUUCUUCUUCGGCGGCCUCUCCAUCACCACCAGCGCGGCUCGGGUGGUGUACGCGCUGUCGCGGGACCGCGGCAUCCCGUUCUCGUCGGUGUGGCGCCGCAUCCACCCGAGGCACAAGGUGCCCGCGAACGCGGUGUGGCUGUGCGCGGCGUUGUGCGCGCUGCUGGGCCUGCCGAUCCUCCGCAUCAACGUGGUGUUCACGGCCAUCACGUCCGUCGCCACCAUCGGGUGGGUGGGCGGGUACGCGGUGCCCAUCUUCGCGCGCAUGGUGAUGCGGGAGGAGGACUUCCGGCCCGGGCCCUUCUACCUGCGCCGCGCCAGCAGACCCGUCUGCCUCGUCGCGUUCCUGUGGAUCUGCUACACCUGCUCCGUGUUCCUGCUCCCCACCGUGUACCCCAUCAAGAUGGACACCUUCAACUACGCGCCCAUCGCGCUCGGAGUCUGCCUCGGCCUCAUCAUGCUGUGGUGGGUGCUCGACGCCAGGAAGUGGUUCAAGGGCCCCGUCAGGAACAUCGACGACCACAACAACGGCAAGGUCUGAGCACCUGCCCUCAAGGGAUCGACGACAUUCUUUUUCCUAGGGCGUUGGUGACACUGACAGUCCCUCAUGUGUGAUGCUUCAUCAGCGGGGGUUACUUUAGAUUGUGGACACCUGUGUGUGGUACUGGUAUACAAGGAAACUAGAUGUAGAUGCAUUACAAAAACCAGACCAAAAACAAAAGGAAAACGAUAAUGCUCCUAAUCUGAAGUCCGAUUAACUAAAAGAAUCCGACGUCUGUCUCAUCCA